AUGGCGUCGCCUAAAGCUCAGAAAAAAGAAAGAGGAUUCAAAAAGCAAGUCAAACGAUUCAGAUACUUGUUACUUGCCUGUGGAAAAAGAUGGAGGGACUGCUCGGAUUUUGACUCCUGGGUGCGAACAACGUAUCCGUACUCUUAUUUGGAUGGUGCCUGCAUACGGGAUUUCAAGGCUUCCUACAACCCUCCCAACAGAGGUUUUCCCGAAUGGUUACAGUACCGAGCAGAAGAGUAUAUGAGGGCCCUUCAAGAAUUGCUUCAACGCGCUGGUAUUAAGGGUAUUGAAUGGUUCAAGUCACCAGUUGCCGACGAGAGCGUGGAUAAACUGAUAUGGCUUUUCGGACUACUGCUGCGCGAAACACCACACAUGCCUCCCUUGGAUUCCCACAGGAUCUACCAUUGCUACAACGUCCUGCGAGACUCCCUUUCUGGGCCAGACUUGCGGGCCGAUCCAGCUUUGGACCGUCAUAAUCAGUCACUCUGUGUAGCCGUGUUCGGAAAGGAAGAGCCAAAGCCUGAGCCCCCUAAGCCUCAAUUUGGAAGCCAAUGGAGGAAUUGCGAAACAGUCGACGACUUUGUGAGACACUUCAAUCUGGAUGACGAUGUGAAGGGCUACAUCGUUCCACCCGGCUCAAAAAUCAAACCCGAUCUCCCUGCUUGGCUGAAAGAAGGUGCCAAGGAGUAUCUGGAUGUUGUACUACGAUAUCUGAGGAAGGGUAAUUGGGAAGGUAUUUCGUACGGCUGUACUGUGUACACUGCCCGCUUUUCCGAAGACGUCUUGAUCCAGACAUAUGCCGAAUUAAUGAGAAUAAGCCCAUACUUUGACAUGCAAAGGCUAUCCAGCUACCAUGAAGCGCUGCUAAGAUUGUUGCCAAUUGACUGGCACCGCCUACCUGUCCAUCGAUGGAAGGAUGGACUUUUUCCUAGGCGCUCCCUACAUGAUGCGACUGGCCCUCUUUACGAGCAGAUCCUGCAUCGAUUUUAUGAAUUCAAUAGCUAUGGAUCUCACCGCAAUUUUGCACCUUAUACUGCUCUCGUAGGCGCUGGAGGAUAUGGCAAGAGCUUCUUUGUGCAGCAAUUGGCUGUACAAGGCUACACAUAUGUUGUGUACCUCCAGUCACAAGGGGACAACACUCAUCUCCAGUGGUAUUCAUCUGAAAGCUAUACCUUGGCGAAUUCGGCAUUGAACGGUCCCCUGGAUCGGCAACGAAUACUCGAGUGCUUCAUAGCUGUCAGUCUGUUCAAUGUUAAGCUGUGCAGAGAUGUUGGCAUCGGUCCUCGAGCAUUUUUCAAUAUGCAGACUGGGAUCGCGUUUCGCUCAUCCAACGACACCCUCAGGAAGUUCACAAAGGUCCUAUGGACGGCAUUUGCAAAGUUUACACAAACUGUUCACCACGUAACUGAGCAAAUACGGCCACCGGGCUGUCCGGAGGAUGAUGACAAGUAUUGGAACCAAGCUCUGAAAUAUUGUUUAGACAAGUACGCGGCACUCAUGUGGAGCAAAUUCUUCACAAUACGUGCAGUAUUGCCAAUUUACCAGGCGUACCAUGAGUAUCAAGACCCUCCUAGCGGCGAUACUACCCUCAAAGAAGGGAAUCCUGCUAUGGUCUUAUGCAUCGAUGAACUGCCCCUGAGUGAGCUGUGGCUUCCCAGCGAGGAACCUAAAUGGCCGUGGUAUAACGAGAUGAUAAAAGCCAUCUCGAGUCGCGUAAACCAUGAUUGGGAUGCUUCAGAAGACCGGUUCUUUGCUUUGUUCGUACAUCGAGAUUCGUCUGAUAUGCCGCCGAACCCCAAUCAUCCCUUUCCUGAUAUUCAGAUCGAGCAAUUGAAGUAG